AUGGUUAACAAUAUUGUGAAAAAGGUACUCUCCAGUGACGCUCUUAAUCUAAAUCUCACCCCGCCGCUGCCCCCACCGGAGAAAUUCACUCUUGGCUGCAACUACCCCAGAUGGGAACUGCAAGCUCGCGGGUAUAUCCGGAGGUUCCCCAAGGGGGAGCAAACUGUCGCUCUGCUGAAUUUGCUGGCUGGAGAAGCUGCAGACCGCGCGUUCCAAGCUAACGUUUUCGACGGCGACGACCUCGAGGAUACAUUCGCCCAGCUGCGUGAGCUCCUAGAUACGCCGCUACAUCCCGUAGAAUACCGGACACAACUCCACGCGGCGUGCCAGAAUGAGGGUGAGACCAUCGUGGCGUACGCAUACCGCGUUAAGCAGCUGGUGUCCAAGUCAUUCCCAGACGACACCAAUGAGGGACAGGAACGUCGCGCCAUGGAACGAUUCAUCGAUGGGGUAGCAAACUCUGCCGUGAAGAAGAGGCUCAUCAUGGAGCCCAAAGCCAGCUUCAAUGACACCGUGUCACUGGCACGGGCGACAGAGAAGCUUCAACGGGCCGUUCAAAGACCCGACGCACAAUGUUGGGCAAUUUCCCAACCGCAGCCACUUCCGCGCAGAAACCCAUGGGCUUCAAGGCCGUAUCGUCAACCAACGGCCGGACGCUCUUACCCCCGAGAUGCCGGCGGAUGGAGGCGCUGGCCUAAUACCGUCGAAAGAACCCAAAUGAACCAUGGACAGACGAUGAGUGGAACACUGCGUGAUGAAAAACCGGAAGACACGGAACCGGGUGAGUCAAUUAUCCCUGCCGUUUGUGCAUCUCCGGAUAAAAUGUUUUGUGUCCAUUUACAAUUGGAAAGAUGCGGAGUCAAAGGCCUGAUAGACACGGGGGCAACAAAGUCGUUGAUCAACAAGGCCACGCUUCAGGCCGUGGGAAAUCCGGACAUCAUGCCUUUCCAUGGUCGAUUGUGUGGAGCGAACGGUAUGGCAAUCCAAGCCAUCGGAGCCGUCCGUUUAAGGGUGCAUCUGGAUGGUGUUUCAGUUGGACACUGGUUCGUGGUUGCAGAACCGUUAUCAGUGGGCCUGAUUUUGGGAGCCGAUAUUCUGAAGAGACUUCGGUGUACGAUAGACAUGGAGAACGCCACGGUUCGUGUCAAAAAGCUAGUAAGGCCACUGAACGAAAACCUCGAGAGAAACAACCACUGUGCCACCGUUAGCGAGGAAAUCAAGGCCCAUGAACUUGAAGAUAUUAUCACAAAAGUAGAACCCAAUAUCUGCCGGUCGACACUUGAGGGGUUAAACAAGCUCAUUACAAAAUACCGGGAUGUGUUCAUGAUGGACGGCGAGCCGUUGGGUCGGACAGGAAUAGUGAAACAUCGAAUAGAGACGGGCCAUGCCGGAGCCAUACGACUAAAUCCACGCCGCGUACCAAGCUGUUACGUCCAGGAAUUGGAGAGUAUGGUGAAAGAGAUGCUGGCAAACAACGUGAUCCAGCCAUCCAAAUCUCCCUGGGCUGCCCCUAUUGUUUUGGUGAAGAAGAAAGACGGAAAAACCAGGCUAUGCGUCGAUUAUCGAAAGCUGAAUGAAGUCACGAAGAAAGACCGUUUUCCCUUACCACUCAUGGAAGACAUAUUCGACGCUCUGUCAGGGGCAAAAUACUUUUCAACGCUCGAUCUGGCAUCGGGGUACUGGCAGGUGGAAAUAGAGGAGAAGGACAGGGAAAAGACAGCAUUCGUCGUCCCGAACGGAUUAUACGAAUUUCAAACAAUGCCAUUUGGGUUGACCAAUGCGCCAGCCACAUUCCAGAGGCUUAUGUCUUCGGUACUCCGGGAAUUGAUUCCACAACAGUGUCUCGUCUACUUGGACGACGUGGUGGUACACGGAAAGACCGAGGAGGAACACUUGGAGAACCUAAGGGCCACAUUUGAAUGCCUUCGCAAGGUGGGGUUGAAGCUAAGGCCUGCCAAAUGUACACUUUUCCAAAGAGAAGUUCGCUUUCUUGGCCACGUGAUCUCCGCCGAAGGCAUCCAGACCGACGACGAAAAGGUAAACAAAGUGCGUAACUGGCCUCAACCUCGCAACGAAUCGGAAGUACGCAGCUUUAUGGGGCUUGCAUCGUAUUACCGAAGGUUUGUACCUCGAUUUUCGGAAAUAGCCGCCCCAUUGGCACAAUUAUUACACAAGGGGACAGAAUUUCACUGGACAGAAAAUUGCGAACAAUCGUUUUCGAUCCUCCGCAAGGCCCUCUCAACAGCACCCAUUCUUACACUGCCACAACUAGGCCCGGGGAGCGGACAAUUCAUUCUAGAUACCGAUGCCAGCGACUGUGCGAUUGGUGCUGUACUCUCCCAAGUAGACGAAGAAGGAAAAGAAAAGGUGAUCGCAUAUGGCAGCAGAAUGUUAAGCCACCAAGAAAGAAAUUAUUGCACAACUAGAAAGGAAAUGCUUGCACUGGUCCACUUCCUAAAGAAAUAUAGACACUACCUUCUAGGGAGGCACUUCCUCGUCCGCACCGAUCACCAAUCCCUGAUGUGGUUAAGAAACUUCAAAGACCCCGAAGGUCAAGUCGCACGGUGGCAGGAGAAAAUGCAGGAGUACGACUUUUUCUGCCAACAUAGAGAAGGCAAAAAGCACCUCAACGCCGACGCUCUCUCAAGGAGACCCUAUCGAGACCACGGACCUUGUCCGUCUUGCACUCAGUUCGUGACACAAGUCAACCUUGCGGAGAGAGCCAACAGUGAGUGGGGACAGGUGCAGGAAAACGAUCCAGACACAGCCUUGAUAUACAACCACCUGAAUUUGGGCAAGGAUAAGCCGGACGUCCGAGAAGUCGCGGGCCAAAGCUGGGAGACGAGAUGUGUAUGGGCUAUGUGGAACUACUUGUUGAUGGAAUCAGACGUAAUGUACUUCAAAUAUGACUCUUCCGAUGAAAAGCGUGUGGUGGUCCCAAGGUCCAAGAGAGACUACGCCCUUACGUGCUUGCACACAGAACUGGGCCAUGCUGGAGUGAAUAAAAUGGACGAGGCAUGCAGACAACGGUUUUGGUGGCCGAACAUCAGGAAGGACAUACGAGAAUUUUGCCGAGAUUGUGUGCACUGUGACCGAUUCAAGACACCGUUUCACCCGACCCGGGCCCCAUUGACACCCAUUAAGGCAGGAUUCCCGAACGAAAUUGUUGGUGUCGAUAUCGUGGGUCCAUUAACACAGACAGACCGCGGUAAUCGAUUUAUUCUAGUGAUGGUCGACUAUUUCACAAAAUGGUGUGAGGUGGUACCAUUGGAUCGAAUGGACGCGGAGACAGUGGCCUCGGCAAUUGUUGGACGCUGGGUGAACUGUUGGGGCACACCAUGUCAACUGCACUCUGAUCAGGGUAGCAACUUCGAAAGCGCCUUAGUUCAGGAGUUGUGCAGGUCACUCGGGAUAGACAAAACCAGGACAACUGCUUACUACCCACAAGGGAACGGGCAAACGGAACGAACCAAUAGGACGCUGAUAAACCUGCUAAAGGCGUUCGUGGAGAGCGAAGUAGACUGGGACAAGAAGCUGGGUGCUUGCACGAUGGCAUACCGGUCGUCGGUGCAUGCGUCAACUGGACAAACACCAAGCUUCCUCUGGACGGGCCGAGAAAUGAGACUACCAUCUGACCUGAGACUUCCCCUGCUGUACGAUACGUUCUCCAGCGCCAAAGAAUACGUGAUGAAGUUGAGGGACACUAUUCGAAAAGGAGAACUGUUGGCGCGCGAACACCUACGGUCGGCACAGAGACGCCAAAAAGACUACUAUGACAAAAAGGCGUACGCCACUCAGUUUGCUGUCGGGGAUAAAGUUUGGCUUAAAAACGUCGAACUACCAACGAGCAGAGCAAAGUUCGCCAGCCGCUGGAGAGGACCCUACGUCGUUGAGCGUGUGAUCAGUGAGACGAAUUGCGCCAUUCGAAACCUGCAACUCGGUGAGGAACGAGCCAUGGUGGUCCAUAUCAACCGUUUAAAACUCUGCACUAGUGACUUCGAUUCCCAAACGAGACCAGAGGUGCCAGCAGUCGGGUGCGAGGUAGAGGUGGCGGUGGAAGGUGGAUUCGCUACGGCCCCGGGGACGGAGCCUUGA